AGUUUCCGCUCUCUACCACCGCUAGUGCUGCACUGAUGCAAAGCUAGGGGCAUGCAUGUUUGUGAAAAUUGAAUUUGAAUACUGGGUUUACCGCCUAUAUGGUUGGCUUUCCUUGAGGUUUAACACAUUGAGAGUUUUACGCGGGAUACUGAUCUAGAAGAUAAAAACACGUUACUUUUUUGCAGUAACUUGUUUAAACGCAUACUAAACAUUUGCCUUAAGAGAGCGUGUCAUCACUUGUAUGUGAGCCAUUAACCCUGGUUCAUUGAAUCACUUCUGAACAUGGAUGCAGGUUCUCCCCUUCAUGUCAGUAUCUUUAAACAGCCUAAGCCAGGCUCUAGGAAGAGACCUUUUAGUGUUGCUAACAGCAGCAUAUUGACAGAAUACUCAGCUGAGAACUCUGAAGAUUACAACAUUCUUUCCUCUUUAGGAAUGAAGGAUCGAGAUAUUUUCCAGAGCACUGAGAGCACCAAUCUCUUACUGAAACAUGACAGUGAAGCAAUAGAAAAUGUAAAAGUCUCCACAGGCUCAAUUGCUGGUCAUUCACCAUACUUCAGUGUGAAUACCACCCCAAAAAAAACAGUAGCACAGGAUAUACAGGGAGACAAACCAACAGAUAAAGAUUUUGAACCAAAAACCCCCUCCAACCAUCUCACCAUUUCAAACGAGCAAUUGCCUCCAAUACAACUCCCCUCAGAGCCCUUCAUCAAGUCAGACAUUGAGGAAAGAAACAAACCACGAAAAUUAAGACCAGUUGGGGAAUUCACAGUGACUUCUUUGGAUAAAGAAUAUCAAGAGAUAAUGGAUUUUCUGAAGCAAGAGAGAGAGCAAGACCAACUACUCUUUCUGAAAUGCUCUGAAGCCCUACGGAAUAAGACUGAAAGCAUCAUCGAGAACUUGGAAAGUACGAUUAAGGCUCGUUACCAAACUAUCGAUGAAAAUUUGCGUUCAGUCAUACAUGAAUUUGAGAAGGAGUGGGAGACUUGUAGAAAACUGGAAGAAGAAUUUAGUACUUUGAGGAAUCAGAUAUCUUCAAUAAUGAACAACAUUUUGCAAGACCCUGGCUUGGAAUAAGAAGGAUGUUGUAUCUGGUAUCCGGAACAGCAAAUUUUCGUUUGCGCAUUUUUAUAGGUUUCCGCCUCUCGCAGGUCGACCAUAGAUCAAUAGUUUCAUGUUGUCCUUAAAAAUUUUUCUUUCACGUAUACGUUUUUGGUUCUUGGAAAUGUGGGAAAAUCUGCAGUUUGUUUUUUUUGAGAAUGGAGAAGUUAGAUAAAAAUGUUCUUACUUUA